AUGAGCUCGUCGUCUGUCACCCCUGCGCAGGUGCUGGCUUUCACUGCCCCAACGGAGCGGUUUCUGUGCCCACUCACGGCAAACACAUAUGGCAUCGAGUUUUACCAAUUUACCAUUCGUGAUAUCGAGCAGAACAAAGUACUGUUCUCUAUCGGGGAGUCCCCGAAUGGCGCCGGGAAUGGGAACGUCAGGGACAUGUUGGCCCGCGCGGCGCAGCUGUCCGAGGAGGAGGCUGCGGCUGUCCGCACGAUCCGCUACCGCUUUGCCCCUUCGUUCCUGCGCAAGUCAGCCGUCGGCGCAAAGCUCGUCUUCGGAAUCAGCGGUGAUGCGCCAGUGCCGAAGUUCCGCAUGAUUGAGCGGCACUACUUUCGAAAUGUGCUGAUCAAGUCCUUCGACUUCGAAUUUGGCUUCUGUAUUCCUCACUCGACGAACACGUGGGAGGCCAUUUACGAUAUGCCAAGCCUGAGCCCCGAGUGGGAGGAGGCCAUCAUUGCCAGUCCAUUCGAGGCGGCGAGCGACAGCUUUUACUUUGUAGGCAACCAGCUCAUCAUGCACAACAAGGCGUACUACGCGUACGACGGCGAGGAGCCGUAG